UUUAUGUCGCUUGAUGGGGAGCGCAAAGAAGAAAGCUGCAUUGAUAUGUGAAGAAAGGGAGUUCAGUAGACUUGAAGACAUGGCUUCUGACCAUGAAAGUGAAGAUGCAGAAUCAGAAGGGAUUACAGAUGUAUGUGAUGUUUUGCCAGAAGAGAAUAUGGAUUCAAUCUUUCAGACACCGCAACAGGAACUAUCUCACAAUGCCAAUUUUAGAAAUGAAAACAGUAGCAGACAGACUCUGGAAGAUAAGUUUUUGAAUUCAAUUUCUUCCAAGGAUUUUGUUAGAAGUGAAGAAAAGAGACACGCUUUUGUGAAGGAUUUCACCCAACCAGAAUCAUUGAGAAGGCCCUUCAGAACCAUGCACACCCUCAGAAGGGUAAACUCUGAAAGCAGUGAGACAGAUGCUGAAGUAGUCUCUGCACUGGUAAAUAUAUAUGGUCCAAAGUUCAAAUGAUAUUGUGGAAUGUGUCUCCAUUUGUUUAUAAACUAUUAAUUAGUUUAUUGGUUAACAUCACAAUGUGCAUUAUAGAUGUGACUU